AAUGACGGCACAAACGUAACCAAAACAAAUCAAAACUUGAUCAUCGCGAUUUUCUGCUCCUCGCUUCGGCCGUGGUUUGUAAUCAAAUUACCGAUUAUCAAUGACCUUCUCCCCGUAGGCCGUAUUGGGUUUUUGGUGCUGGAUCAUCGACAACACAUCCCAGGAUAGUCACAUUCGCAACGAUGCGUAAACGCCAGAUCGAUACGCUCAAGAUAUUCAACCACAAUGUACAAGAGGUGAAAGAAAAUGAAGAAUAUUUGGUCAACUUUAACUGUGGAGGACGAGAAAUUGCCAUCAAUAUUUUGCUUGGGAAUGGUUUCCCGAAUGAAAAGCCAAAGCUUAUAGUCAGUCCGAUUCUUCGCCAUCCGUGGGUGAAUGGAACGACGGGAGAAAUAGAUAAUGCGCCCGGAAUACUGAACUACACCAUUCAUUCCGAUCUCGGAAGGAUAGUGCAAGCAGUAGGCAGGGAAUUUGAAAAACAUCCUCCAAAGUUCGUGAAUGAACCAACGUCCACGCCGCAGCACCACUCCCAACAUCAUGCGCCACCAGCAGCGCAUCAGGCAUGUCGAAACGGAAACGUCCAAGAAUUCGGUCCCGAUAACCGCAACGCCCUUCUGUCACCAUCACACGAGUCGGAUCAAUUCGGUUUGCGAAAUCUUACCACCGAUGAACUGAGUCGGUUGAACGCGGAUGAUGAUUGUCUGGAAGAGUUCAUCACAAAGCUCCCCUUUGUGCAGCAUCAAAAUGACGAAAUGGAUCAACUGCUGGCGGGAAUAGAGUCGCUUGCCGUGGAAAAUCUUGCCCGCAAGGAAGCAGUCGAGGAGCGCAAAUCGAAGGUGGAAUCGCUAGCACUCGAGUUUAAGGAACUGGGUCAGCAGUGGGAAAGCAUGAACCAACGGUAUCAGCGCAAGGCGGAAGAUUUUUCCCCCCAGCACAUCAAGGAACUGUUGCAGAUUGCCGUAUCGACGGCGGACGGUAAAAGCGACGACGAGGCACAACGGUUUCUCGCUGGCCAAAGUGACGUUGGCACAUUUCUGCAAAACUUUAUCGAAUCCCGCAAACUGUACACGAUGCGUAAAGCCAAAGAGGAACGAUUGGUCCAGCAACUGACCGCACUGGAGCGUGCUGCCUUUUAAGGGUACUACUGCAGACUAAGAGAGAAAUUAAAACAUGCAUUUUCUUGUGAUAUUCCAACGUAAAGGAUGUAUUAAUUAUAAGAAAUAAACAUUCUUUCCCGCAUUGGAACGUUUCGGUGACAAUGAUAUGCGGCUAUUGUUGAACUGGCAAGCAAAAUUCCGAGCUUUUGCGCAGUCUCGCGAAACGAAGGUCUCCACUCGCUCUUCAUUCUCGCGCGUCGUGGCCGUGUGUGAAUUUUCCGGCUCCGCUUUAUUGGCGAAUUAGAGAAAAUCACGCUCUUUCUUUGUACGACAAA